AUGGUAUUCUCUUUAGUGAAGAACCUUCUCAGGCCUUGCGCAGUGAACACUCUAUUUUCUCCACCGGUCCGAGUUAAGUCAAAGACGUCGCCUAUUCCCAUUCUACGAUUCGCAAGCACCAGAAUCCAGCUUAGAGACUAUCAAGAAGAAUGCAUUCAGUCAGUCUUACAGUCUCUGAAGGAAGGGCAUAAAAGACUCGGUAUUUCUUUGGCGACUGGCAGUGGGAAAACAGUUAUCUUCACUCAAUUAAUUGAGAGAAUACAACCGAGACCAGGGCUUGCCACGCAAACUUUGAUUCUUGCACAUAGGAGAGAGCUCGUGGAGCAGGCCGCGAGGCAUUGCACCAAUGCCUACCCUGGAAAGUCAGUUGAGAUUGAGAUGGGCUCUUUGCAUGCCUCUGGCACGGCAGACAUAACCAUUGCCAGCCUUCAAAGCAUCACGUCCGGAGACAGGUUAAGAAAAUUCGACCGACGAAGAUUUAAGCUUGUACUUGUAGAUGAGGCCCAUCAUAUUGUUGCCCCCGGCUACAUGAGAGUCCUUCGCCAUUUCGGACUCGACACCAAAAGAGUCGAUUCGCCCUCCCUGGUCGGCGUAUCGGCAACGUUCUCACGAUUUGAUGGUCUCAAACUUGGUGCUGCCAUUGACGAGAUAGUCUACCACAAGGACUACGUCGAUAUGAUCGGCGACAAAUGGUUAUCUGAUGUGAUGUUCACCACCGUCGAGUCCACUGCCGACAUAUCCAGGGUUAGAAGCGGUGUCAACGGUGACUUCCAGCCGGGAGAUUUGUCACGGGCCGUUAAUACUGACCAAGUCAAUGAGAUUACCGUGCGAAGUUGGCUGGCAAGGGCACCCGACCGAAAGUCAACGCUCGUCUUCUGCGUCGAUCUUGCCCAUGUUGCUGGGCUGACACAAACGUUCCGAAAGCACGGGUUUGACGCAAGAUUCGUGACGGGUGACACGCCAAAGGUAGAACGAGGGGCAAUCCUAGAAGCAUUUCGAAAUGGGGAGUUUCCCGUACUUGUGAACUGCGGAGUAUUUACAGAGGGUACAGAUAUCCCAAAUAUUGACUGCGUUAUCCUCGCCCGACCAACGCGAUCCCGGAACCUCUUAGUACAGAUGAUCGGCAGAGGCAUGAGAUUACACGAAGGAAAAUCGGACUGUCAUGUAAUUGAUAUGGUCUCUAGCUUGGAAACCGGGAUUGUCACUACGCCGACGCUUUUUGGCCUUGAUCCAGGAGAGAUCGUUGAGAAAGCAUCGACAGCAGACCUACACAGGACUAGGGAACGGACAGAGGCAGAGAGGCUUCGUCAACAGCAUGCCUACAAUGACUCUCCGAGUUCACAGACUCCUGCUUCCACAGGUUCGGUUACUUUCACUGACUACAGCUCAGUGUUUGACCUCAUUGAGGAUACAUCAGGGGAAAAGCAUAUUCGUGCCAUGAGCCAGUACGCCUGGGUCCAAGUCGGCGUGGAUAAAUAUGUUCUUUGUGCGCCUAAUGGAUCCUAUAUUCGGCUGUUCAAGCAGGAAGCGGAGGUUGGGAAAGACCAACCAGUUUGGCAUGCUGUUGAGGUUAGGGCCCUGCCUCCUGGUGUAGCCAAGUCACCCUAUGCAGCCCCUAGAGAGCUCUUGAAGGCAUCAACAUUCGCAGACGCCGUGCACGGAAGCGACAAGUAUGCUUCCGAGACGUUUCCUCAUAUUUUCAUCCACCGAUAUCAGCGUUGGCGAAAGGGACCACCAACUCAGGGACAACUCGAUUUCCUGAAUAAGCUGCGGCCAAAGGAAGAACCCUUGACUGCCAACGAUGUCGACAAGGGAAAGGCAACGGACAUGAUCACCAAGAUCAAACAUGGAGCCAAAGGAAGAUUUGCUGGCAUAAUGACGGAGAAGCGCCGAAUACAGCGUCACAGUCACAAGAAAGCACAGCAGGAGGCGCGGGCUCAGCAGGAAAGAGUUUCAGUCGGCCCCCUUGCGUCAUGA